AUGGCACAACUGUUCGUGGCUGGGCUCUGCGUGCUCGUCUCCAUCUUCUGGUUUGGAGAAUCGCUGGGCGGAGUCGAGGGGCUGAAAGCGCACGCGACGUUCCUCGGGGGGAGUGAUGCCGUGGGCACCAACAAUGGCGCCUGUGGCUAUAGCAAUGUUCUGGCGAUGGGGUACGGCACGAUGACGGCGGCCCUGAGCGCCCCGAUCUUCAGAGAAGGCAAAUCGUGCGGAGCUUGCUACAAGCUUCGCUGCCGGGGAUCGGAGAGCGUCGGGUGCAGGAGCAACGAUGGCGUCGUCGUGACGGUGACAGAUGUGUGCCCUGAGCGCAGCGUGGGCGGAUGGUGCGACGGCCAACCGCAUUUCCGACUGUCAGAACCGGCAUUCGCUCAGAUCGCCGAGCCCAAGAGUGGAGGCCUGGUGGAAGUGGAUUACGAGAAGGUUUCCUGUGACAGGAGAGGAGGCAUGCACUUCCUUCUGGUGGGACACACUCACUUCCUGCAGAUUCUCGUGCACAAUGUUGGAGGCUGCGGCGAUGUGGCUGCCGUGUCGGUGAAGGGCGGAACUGGCCCGUGGAUUCGCAUGAGCAGGAGCUGGGGUCAGUUGUGGCACACGGGCGAGGUUCUCGACGGGCAGGCCCUUUCGAUCUCGGUGACAAUGGGAGAUGGCAAGGUCUGUGUCAGCAACAAUUUUGCAGGUGCGGAUUGGAAGUAUGGUCAAACCUUCGAGGGGGCACAAUUGUAA